ACGUGCCGUUGCCCGCCGCCUUGGAGGUGGAGCACCACCACCACCCAACACGACUUAAAAAUCCAACUUGUGAAUGGUGAUCAAACAGAAUCCUUCUAUCGCACGUCAAUCCUCUCUUUCUCUCCCCUCUCUCUAACACCACUAUAAAUAUCACCACCCCACCAUAGCCAUACCUUCACUACCACCAUUUCCAACACCCAUCAUUCUACUUCAACACAAUCACUUGUGUGCACACACACACACACACAUAUAUAGCUUCAUUAUUCCUCCUUUGUUAUCUUUCAUGGGUGAUAAAAAUGUCAACCUCCCACCUGGUUUUCGAUUCUGUCCCACGGAUGAAGAGCUGGUAGUCCAUUUCCUCCAUCGGAAAGCCGAACUCUUGCCUUGCCAUCCUGAUGUCAUCCCGGAUCUUGAUCUCUACCCAUAUGAUCCAUGGGACUUGGAUGGUAAAGCAAUGGCUGAGGGUAACAAGUGGUAUUUCUAUAGCCGGAGGACACAAAACCGGAUUUCAAACAAUGGGUAUUGGAAGCAAGUAGAUGUGGAUGAGCCAAUUUUCACAAGUUGUAGUGAAAAAGUUGGGAUGAAGAAACAUUGUGUGUUCUACAUUGGUGAACCUCCGGAGGGUGUCAAAACCAAUUGGACUCUGCAGGAAUUCAGGCUCUCAGAUAGUACUAGUUCCAGCAGUAGAUCAUCAAAAAGACGAGGACAUUCCAAGGAUUAUAGUAAAUGGGUGGUAUGUCGAGUUUAUGAGCGUGACUGCGGCGGCGGCGACGACGUCGACGACGGAACGGAGCUUUCAUGCUUGGAUGAAGCUUUCUUGUCAUUGGAUGAUCUUGAUGAAAUUAGUUUGCCAGAUUAGAUUACGCAACUUAGGAUCCAGAGUGGAGUAUAUUACUCACAAGGAUCUUUUUUUUUUAAUUUAGAAUUUGAUAUGUUUUUGGCCUUAGCAAAAUGUUGUAUCAAUUAAAGUUGAUUCUAUGUGACACUCAGAUGUAAAAUUAUAUUUGGUAUAUCUUGUCGACCACCAAUGGGAAAUGGAAUGUCUAUCAAGCUAUGGCCAAGUAGGGGU